AGGACGACGGUUUGAGAGAGAGAAAGAGAGAGAGAUGUGGGGGGAGUGGAGCGGGGCCAUAUAAAACCCCUGGAGCACAAGCCAUGCUUUAUCCUGUGACCCGCUCAAUUCUGUCUCAAGCACAGGAAACCCCUAAACUCUACGAGCCCUGCCCCAGCGCCUGCACACACACACUCUCACACACCUCAGCGCGCUCAUAGAGGAGAAUGGCUGUGCGAAGAAUGAAUGAGCUCUGGAAAUCCAUGCCUCUGGCUUUAAUGUUCGGCUUGCUUUUACUGCACGGUUGUCAAGGACAAGAUGAAGCAGGUGCAUCAACUACUUCACAAUCAGUUGGAGCAGAAACAAAUCCAACAACAGCAGCAGCAAUGAUAGCAGAUGUACAGGGAACAGAACAGCCAGCAACUUCAGGAUUAGAAACACAGUCAAAUUAUACAUUAUCCGGUACAGCUGUCACAAACCAAGAAAUAAUUGAAAAGACUACUAACAGCAGUCUAAUGCCUCAACAAGGAAACAUAAACCCAACCACAGUGAACCCCACCCCAGAACGAAAAAACAACAUCACUGAUGACAGCAAAGGUGGCCGUGGGGUUAUAUCUGACCAAUCAGAAACCUCUAUCAAUGAAACAGUAAAAGUGAUUAACUUUGAUGGCAAACAGGAAACAAGCAAAGAAUCCGGAUCUUCAGAUGCUAAAGCUAAAGCAGACAAGGAUACCACCUCCGGGGGUUCAUCUUCUGCUGUUUUUGUAUCUGUGCUAUUGACUGGCUUACUGCUUGCUGGUAUAAUAGUUGGCAUUUACUACUUCAAAUGUCAUCGCCGAACCAACGGUAAAGGCAUGAAACUGGCUGAAGAGUCAUACACGGCAGAUGAGGAGAACCAAGGCAAUACUCUUGUAUCGGUGGCCCCACUGAACCAACCUGAGCCCCAGGAGAAACCCAGUCUUAACGGCGAGUCGCAAGAGGCAGUGAAGCCCCAGACUCCUCCUGCCGCCACCAAUGGCCACUCCACAACCAAGACGGCAGACACUGAGCUGUGAAUGAGCUGUUCUGCCACCCAGGGUCUGGGUUAAACACUCACUCCCUGCCCCUUACACCCAAAACAAUCUUCUGCAUACUGAUCUUGGCCAUCAAGGGUUAAGAAAGACUCAAAUUCCCACAAUGAAUGUAAAUACUUUGCAAAAUGUUCCACUUAAAGUCAUACGAAACGAUAGGCAAGACUAAAAUAUGGAAUAUAACUAUAUAGGAUGAAAAUGGGAUGAAAUAAUUGGUCAAUAACCUGCUCCCUAAGCGUACCUGCUUUAAUGAUCUAUGAAAAGGUUGUAAUGCUUUAUAAAAAAUGCAAUUUUUAGGUAGCUAGUAUAGCUUCUGGAUUUAGUGGUUAAUUCGUAUUCAUUUGUAUGAUUUAAUUCGUACAUUUUAGUACCAUAAGCUUAUCCCCCAAUGAGGGGUAGGGUUUGGUGCCAAGCCUCCCUUUAAAACAGAAUGAAAUCGUAUAAAGUUCCACGAAUUAGCCACUUUUCUGGCGUAAAAUAGUUACGUUUUAUUGUGAGAUUGGACUAAUUAUAAAUGUAGCUGUAAACAAGCAGCUAUGACCGUGAUGAUACAUGAUAUUAUAGAAAUUUUAUCAAAACUCGAUGCAAAAAAAAGGUAUUAGUCCCAUGAUGCAACCCUUAAGUAUAAUGGGGUGGGGAACCUUUCCCAUGAGUCAUUGCUGGCUUUCAUAAGAGCAACCCAGGCUGGAACAAAAUGUCGGGAGGAUCCCAACUUCUGUCUCAGUGCUCCACAGCUUCCAGCUGGGUGUUAAUCGCAUCACAUCACACUAGAAAGAAACAUUCGGAAUCCAAUAGACAUGAGUUGUGUUUUUGUUUGCAAUGGGUUGUUUGUGUGUUGCUAGACUGUAUGGCGUGUUCUAUAUGUUUGUGUACAGUAUGAUUUGACUAGUUUAUAGUCUUGUAUAAUUUUGUUAAUAUCACUGCAUGACAAAGUAAUGAUUUCUGGAGUUAAGCUGAGGAUAAAAAACAAAUUCAGUUUGAGUGUCAACGUCAACUCCAUUUCAUUGCUGCGAACAACCCUUAACGUAAAAAAAAAAAAUCCAACAAAUUGCUGCAAAGCCAAUAAGCGCUCAGGGUAACAGCUAAAUGUUAUCUGCCAUUUCUGGAUUGAGUUACAGCUUUACCGUACUUUGUAAACCAGUAUUAUGCUCUUUUUUUGUAAUAUUUGUAUUCUAGUCAUUUAGAUGUAGUGUUGAAUGACUGACUCCAUUGUUUGAAUGACCUGCCUUAAUUAUUAGAAGUUUCUUGGGUGGGUGUGGUUUAUUUUGUAUCUACAUUUGCUACUACACUGUACAUCAUGCUUUAGUCAAAAAAAAAUUAUGUAAUUGGGUGCAGCCAUGAAAUCAUCGCCUUAAGUUUUAGUAGAUUCACUCCAAUACAAUAAGGGAAACGUGCAGACAAAAAUAGCAUUUUCCAACCAUGUUUUGUUUUAAUGGAUGGACUUCACCCCAAAAUGAAGAUUUCGUCAUUUUUUAAUCGCAUUAAAGCUGUUUUUCUUCUGUUGAACAAUGGUGAAACAAUGGUGGUAAUCAAAAAGCUAACAGCACACACCAAAAAAAAAAAAGUUGGGUUGUAUCAAUCAAAAUAUGGGUAUAAAUGGACAUACCGAACUGUUGGGUUUAAAGUUGGUUGGGUUUGUCCAUAUUCUACUCAGAUUUGAGUUUAAAAAAAUCCAGCUUUUCAUAGUGCACCCACUGACCGCUAUACUAAACUAUGGAUGCAAGUCAUGAUUUUGCCAAGUACGAUGUGGUCCUGGAACAUAAUUUUUGUUCGAAAAUGUAAAUCCAUACCUAUUCCCUACCCCUAAACCCAACCAUAACUGAAAAUGAUUCCCCAAAUCAGAGGACAAUAAUAGUUGGAUAACAAUCAUGUAGAAGUGCAUAAACUCAACCAAAUCAUAAACAUAAACAGUAAAGGUAUUCCUUAAUUCUGAUUGGCUGAUUGGAAUGUUGUUCCAGGAUAAACACUUGGUAAAAUAAGGUUAGGAACUAUGACCAAGGACAGUCCAAUGCCUAUACUCCAGUCAACAUUCUUCAAAAUAUCUUAAUUUGAGUCAUCAGUAGAAAAAAACUCAAAAAGUUUUGGAUAAGUAUAAAGUGGGUAAGUGAUUACAGAAUUAAAGCUUUGGGUGGACUAUCUUUUUAAACACUUUAAGCCUCUCAAAAUGAUUUGAGGUCAAAAUUUGGUGCUAGAGUGAUUGCUUCUCUUGAAAUAAACCAUUAAAAAAUAAACUGUAUGUUUAAAUGUUCAAUAUGAACAUAUCUGCAUAUGAAUAACCUGUCUUUUAUUUUUCAGUGAUGAUACUUUAUUUUAACAUUCCGGUGUUCUGUCAUAUUUUGGAUCAGUGUACUAGCAUUGUGUUAAACUGAUGUAUGUUUGUGAUAGGAAUAAAGUUUUGGAAAAUAAAUUGA